GUGAAGGAGAUUCUAUGGUUAGCUCAAAAGGAGCAUCACUUGGUUGUAAAACUACAACUCACCAUGAAAGCUAUUGAUAUAUUCUGUGCGUCCCAGGCUGCUACCUCCAUAUCCAACGCCACCAUCAUCAUGGAUUCUGACCUUCAUCAACAACCCUCCUCCUCCUCCUCCAGUGGUGGUGGCCGAGCAAUCGACCGCCACAACCCCAUCAUCCAAGACGAGAAAAGACUCACCAGAACCCUACUCCCUGAUCAGCCACCCAGCACUCCCAACCACCACACGUUCAAAAAAACCAAGAAUCCCAAGAACAACGAUCAGAAGAGAAAAACCAUUGCAUUUGCAGAUGAAAAUAACGACCACGAGUUUAUUACAAGUAACUAUGUCAAGAACCCUAGUAGCAGCAGCAACACCGUCGUAAGGAGGCAAGGAGGAGUGCUGCUUGGAUGGGGUUGUACAAGACCAGGUGAUUUUAUCAGUCCGGCGACUUCUUCAAGAUACUUGUUGACUGACAAAGCCUUGUCCGAUCAGGUUGAUCCUCUCUUGAAGCAAGUUCCUUCACCACAACCACCCCCGCCGCCGGAGAAACCAUACAAUUACUUCGAUGCUGACAAGUCUUUCAAGAAGAAAGACGACGGCCAUAUAUCUUCUUCUCCUCCCAAAUCGCCGCCACGGUCUUCGUCGUCGACUCUGUCCUCACAACCUUCCGAUCACCAGGUGGUUGUGUUAAGGGUGUCCCUGCACUGCAAAGGCUGUGAGAAGAAAAUGAGGAAGCAUCUCUCUAAAAUGGAAGGAGUAACAUCCUUCAACAUUGAUUUCAUGGCCAAGAAGGUGACAGUGGUCGGUCACGUAACACCGUUAUCGGUUCUUACAAGCAUCUCAAAGGUCAAAAACGCUAAAUUAUUGACUCCCACCACGGUUUCGACCCCUUCGAUCAAUUCUGAUUUCUCUGAAAUCAAGAAACAGAUGGGAUUGGUGAGGUAGGGUAGGGUAGGGUGGUGUUAGUAUUGG